ACUUGCUCAACACUGUCUAGUAUUAUCCAAAGACAGAAUACGCCUCAAAUGUGUCCAUUUACACCAUCGUAACAUUACGAGCCUCAAAGUGAUAUAAUGUAUUUGGCGACUUUUUAAGAAUGUCAUGCAGUUACUUCGUCUGAUGUGAUAUUUACAUAUAGAGAACACACAUAUCAUGUUACAAGGUUUCAUUUCGAAUCUGGAAGUAAACAGAAAACGGUGACUUUCGAAGCUACCGGGCCAUCUGGAGGAAAUUUGGAAUGUUUCUUGUUUAACUGUCGUCUGAUCUAUUGAAUUGAUUUUGGACGAUCAGUUGGACUUAGUUUAGCGGACAGUGCUUAAAACUUAAUCGGAAUUACGAUGGACAGUGCUUAAAAGUCGUCCAAAAUAUUUCAGCAACUGUUAUCAGAUAGCGACGUGAGGGACUUCACAGGGAGGUGUCAAGGUGAUUGCGAAGUAAUUUCGGACAAUUAUUGGGACUAAGUGUUACAGUGGACGGUGGUCAGUGGUCAGAUAACGUGUCAGUAACAGUAUAUUAAACUCCAGUAACAGGGUUCAUCAACAGAUAUCUGAUGGAAAAGUGAAAGACUUCUGGAAGAGGCGUCAAGUGACGUUUUCGGCGUUACAUGCUAUCGGAUUCAUUGUUCACAGUGGGCAGCAUUAAGUCUAUGGUCAAGUUAGGCGUUUGGACAGAGGGGAGAGAGAUGGUUGAAAAGUCAAAUCUCGGACUUUCCGAUCCGGGAGAGUUCCAUAAUAACAACCCACAUUACCACGGAGAGGAACUCCAGUAUCCGGAUCAUCAUAUUAGACGGACGAUGCCAGUCCUUAACAACGGUGAAAUCCCGAGUUUCUGUGCCGGGUGCGGGGCCCGGAUAUUAGACAGGCACUAUCUCCUAGCUGUGGAUCGACAGUGGCACAUGCAAUGCCUCAAGUGUUGUGAAUGCAAAAUUCGAUUGGAUACAGAACUCACGUGUUUUGCACGAGAUGGAAAUAUUUACUGUAAAGAAGAUUAUUACAGAAGAUUUGCUGUGAAAAGGUGUGCAAGGUGUCAGUUAGGAAUAUCUGCUAAUGAACUAGUGAUGCGAGCACGGGACUGGGUCUAUCACAUCACGUGUUUCACAUGUAUGGCAUGCAAUAAAACUCUUACUACGGGAGACCAAUUCGGAAUGAAAGAAAAUUUAGUUUAUUGCAGAACGGAUUAUGAACUAUUGUUCCAAGGCGAAUUUUUUCACGGAAUGACUCCAGGACUCCCGUGUUCGUCUGGGGGGCAUUUCCCUUACUACAAUGGUGUCGGAACGGUACAAAAGGGACGACCUAGGAAGAGAAAGAAUCCUAUCGCGGAUGGAGAAGGGUGUCCUCCAGGCAUGGGGUUGGUUCCUGGAGAUGGACACGAACGCGGAGGAGACAUGAUGCGGCAAGAUGGUUACGGGACACAUCCACCUCCGCGACAGAAAAGAGUGCGGACGUCGUUUAAACAUCAUCAGUUAAGGACGAUGAAGUCGUACUUCGGACUGAAUCAUAACCCGGAUGCCAAAGACCUCAAGCAGUUAGCGCAGAAAACGGGUCUCUCCAAACGCGUACUACAGGUCUGGUUCCAGAACGCUAGAGCUAAGUACAGAAGGAACGUACUCAAACAGGACGACAAACCUGGCGGGGGCGGAAGUCAGGGCGGAAGUCAAGCAGGAGACAGUCCCGAGGAUGAGAAAUCCAAAGAGAACCAAUCGCUAUCCGAGAUGACUGACAGCGGCUCCCCAGCUAUGUCUGACAUCAGCUCGUCCCCCUCGUUAUCAGAACUGCACAGUAGCCAUAUGGAAUCGGACCACUCAAGCAGUAGUUUAUCAGAUCUGUUUACAAACUCCAUUAAUUCAAUCAGUUAGAUCAACGAUCACUUGUGUUCAAUAACGAAACAAUCAAUACGUUUAUUGUUCAAAAGAAAAUGCCAGAAUCAAAAUGUUUGAAGCAAUUUGUUCUUGACGCUCUGUUGGUGUUGAACAGUUGAUAGUCUGUUUUAGAAGGAAUUCGGCUAAAUGUGUGUGACGAGUUCGAAUAAAAAGACAUCGGAUAUCAUAAAAUACUUUGACCAAAAUGAACGUUCACAUAUAGAAGCUGUACGACAACUUCUGGUCGACAAAUUCAUCUGAAGCAAAAGGCUUUGAGUGCUCUGAGUACCGUGAAAUAGAUGGUGUUAUCUAUACUGCGGUAUGUUUUGGACCACAUUGGUAUAUGGUGUGAUAGUGCUAAAAUGAUAUUAUAUUAUAAGUAAAUGAUAUUUGUUUUCA